AUGUUUGUGGCUGCGCCGAUGAAGUCGGCCUUGAUGGCCCCAUACGGUCUGCGUGCCGCCGCUCCCUUGAUGGGCCGCGUGGGCAUCGCCCGUGGCCUGCACCAGACGAACGCCACGCGCGAGGCAGCGCCUGAGCGCCAGGUGGCGCAGACUGGCUCGAACCAGCUGAGCCUCGAGAAGCCCCGUAAUACCGUCGAAUAUACACUGUCGACCCUCGACAAGGUAGUCAACUGGGCGCGUCAAGGCUCGGCGUGGCCGAUGACGUUCGGUCUUGCGUGUUGUGCCGUGGAGAUGAUGCACGCCUCCGGCCCGCGGUACGACCAGGACCGUCUGGGUAUCGUUUUCCGUGCCUCGCCCCGCCAGAGUGACAUUAUGAUUGUCGCGGGUACGCUUACAAACAAGAUGGCGCCCGCGCUGCGCAAGGUCUACGACCAGAUGCCCGAGCCCCGCUGGGUGAUCUCGAUGGGCUCGUGUGCGAACGGUGGCGGCUACUACCACUACUCGUACAGUGUGGUGCGUGGCUGCGACCGCAUUGUCCCGGUCGACCUGUAUGUUCCUGGCUGCCCCCCCAGCGCUGAGGCGCUCCUGUACGGCAUCAUGCAGCUCCAGCGCAAGAUCCGCCGUACGCGCCAGAUGGUGCUCUGGUACCGUAAGUAG